UUUGAAGGUCCAUAUAAUAUGCUUGGUAACUUGAAGAACUUCAAUCUGGAACCAAACUCUAGCAUGUUCAAUUGUAUAUUGGCUGGAUACUACCGUGAGAGCGUUAAUGCGUUAAUGGUCAUCAAGCAAAUGAAAGAAGCUGGUGUUAAACCUUAUUCCAUAACUUAUGGCUAUCUAAUAAACAACUGUAAUCGUGAAGACACUAUUACUAAGUACUAUGAUGAGAUGAAACAAGCAGAAGUUCAAGCUACUAAGUGA